UAAAUCAAAUAGUAAAAGCUCAAAUGGGGUUUGUAGCUAACCGGGGUUCUAUUUUAGGGCCCUAGUUAUGAUACAGCUGAGACGGUCCUUAUUUAUGUAUUUGGGUCACAACAUUCCCUUUCCCCACCCCUCCUGCACCCUGUCAUAUGACACCCCAACCCGUGAUCUACCAUUCCAGUGCUUUCCAGCACUGAACAGGGCGUCUGGCUGAAUUAGUUCAGCCUCUGAGGAAUGUGUUUGUGCAAGUCUGCUGUACUUUGCCCUGCCCCUUGUUUGGAAUCAUUAUGGGCUGACUCAGAGUGUUCCAGGAAAAAAUAAUCUUUCAAGCACGACGUACUGUGGAAGCUGACAUGAAGCUCACAUGAAACCAAAGUGUCCAUGACACAGGACAACUAACUUGACGUUGGCUUUAGGUAAAGGUACUUAGCUUUGAAUUUAAUUGACAUAAUCAAUGACCAUGUUGAUGGUUGUGAAUGGGUUACUUCCAUAACUAUGUGAGAAGAUUUUAAUGUAGAUGUGACUCUUAUCAGUGGUGGACUUUGAAUAGGGUCAUUGUGUUUUCCAUACAGCAGGGUGACUGGAAGUGUUUAAGGGUGGGUCAUUCAGUUCCACGUCAACAGUUUCACAACAAACAGGUCACACUAGUUUUACCAGAACAUCAUCUGGGUUAAUUCUUCCCUGUUCCAUUCCUGGUUGACAUCAAAGUGAGUGCAGUAAGGCUUUCACAUCGCAGAAUACUCAAAUAUCAACAUAUGUACUCAUUAUGAUGGUUUGUUAUUUGUUUUUUGCCUACAGUAUGGCUCUUGUGAAACACACAGGAGGCUGUCACUGUGGAGCUGUUAGAUUUGAAGUCUGGAGUUCUCCAGACCUCCACAUUUUCCAUUGCAACUGCAGCAUUUGCACAAAGAAACAAAACCAUCAUUUCAUUGUUCCAAAAAAUCUCUUCACACUCCUACAGGGGUCGGAUAAUCUGACCACGUACACGUUUAACACUCACGUUGCGAAACACACCUUCUGUAAAACCUGUGGAGUUCAGAGUUUCUACACUCCCCGCUCCAACCCAGAUGGAUAUGGUGUUGCUCCACAUUGUCUGGAUCCAGGUACUGUCCGCAGUGUCACAGUGGAGAAGUUUUGUGGGGAGAAGUGGGAAGAAAGCAUGCAAGCUCACAAAACCAUCAGAGACAUGUCUAAACCUGCAGAAGACACACAGCUGAGAGAAACUCAGUAACAACAACAAUGUGAUACAAGAAUCAAACCUUUUUUUAAUCAGCAGUAUACGCAAAAAACUGUACAGUAUUUUCAACAAUGUUUGAAAUUAUAAGAUGAAAACAAAAAGCUCAUCAACUUAGGUUGUUUUUUUUACAGUGUAUUGACUCAAAACAAUAAAGAUUCUGUCCAACAAAGA